AUGGAAACUCUGCCGCUGUUUGUGUGCAUCUGUGCACUGAGUGCUUGCUUCUCGUUCAGUGAAGGUCAUAAAAGGGAUCACGGACUACGUCACAGAAGGCAUUAUCACCAUUUUCCCGAACAUCACUUUAAAUUACCACCUCAUUUUGGACCACCAGCUCACCAGAGGCCAGUCAAUAAAAACCCCUAUAGGUGUCUACACAAACGCUGCAGGCCUAAGCCUCCACCUUCACCUAUUAAACCCCCACAAAAAUUCCCAAAUCCUCACCAGCCACCUAAACUUCCAGAUAAAAAUGGCAGUGUGGUCAACCCUACCAUAUUGGUUACAACCCAAAUUCCAACUACGAGUUCCCUAUCUGCUUCCACCAAAAUUACUACCCUUCCAAAUGUGACUUCUCUUCCUCAAAAUGUUUCCAUCACGUCUCCAGGAGAAAAUGUUAACCCAAGCUCUUCUGUAACCACAUUAACACCAGAGAAUUCCUCAACUCCAACAGAGGCCACAACUGCCCCAUCCACACCUCCUGCAACUACACCAGCUCCACCACCUUCCUCAGCUCCACCGGAGACCACAGCUGCCCCACCCACACCUUCUGCAACUACGCCAGCUCCACCACCUUCCUCAGCUCCACCGGAGACCACAGCUGCCCCACCCACACCUUCUGCAACUACACCAGCUCCACCACCUUCCUCAGCUCCACCGGAGACCACAGCUGCCCCACCCACACCUUCUGCAACUACACCAGCUCCACCACCUUCCUCAGCUCCACCGGAGACCACAGCUGCCCCAGUUACCACACCUAAUUCUUCCCCAACUACUGUUACACCUGACACAACUACACCCACACAGCAAACUACUUCUUCAGUCACUACUCAAACUACUACUGCCCGCCAAAAUAAAAUUUCUCGAUUUCUUUUAUAUCUAAAGAAACUACUAGACAAAAUGAUUGAUGAUGCAGUGGAGAAAUAGUAUAUUAUAUGUUGUAAAGUGUUCUGUCAUUUUCAAGAUGUGAUUUAUGAGUACAGAACUACCAUCUUUACUUUUAGCACCAAUUGCAAGAUGAAAUUUUAUUACUCAAAUUUAAAGCACUACCACUAACCUUUCAAUCUAAUUAUUCACCUUCACAAGACCUAUUAAUAAGACAAACUGCCUCUAUCCCACAAGCCAGGUGCAGGUCUGAGAUUCAAAAUCACUCUUUGGGGCCUGCAGAGAUAGCCUACCGAGGGCAGAGAAAGUCCUUAGAUAAAGAGAGAAUAUUGUAUGGGUCAUCAAACAUUUACUGCUCCCUAAAUGUUGGAAACUACAAGAUCACUACCUUGUACCCCCAUCAAAAUCCCACCUGAACCAUCUAAUCCUAUAAACAUAAAGGGAUAAAGUUGGAUCUCUCCAGAUGAACAAAGACAUCUAAAUAUCUGUAGAUAGAAACAUUUAUCUAUCUAAAUCUAUUGGUAGACCUGUCGUUGUAUUGUUGAUUAAUGACAAACCCUUUACAUAAUUAUCUUCAAUUUUAAAUAAAAUUUUAUUUCACAAAGUGUGAGCCAAGAAAGGGGAAAGUUGAUUGGAAGUGAAGAUUAGAAUUGGCCUGGCAGCCAAGCAUGAACCAAGACUGGCACUAUUUUUCUGAGUGUAUAUAAUUGUUUGAACUGCAAGGUUGAUAUUUAUUUCAUUGUAUCUAAGUUAACUUAGAUCUAAUGUACUUGAGUCUAGCCUCUGUGAACUGUAAGAAUACAACUUUGUAUGUUCACAUGGUGCUCAUAAUAUUUCACUCUCAAUUUAAUUAAUUCACAUAAAUUCCAUGUGAAAUGUAUUCAACAAUGAAAUAUUUUCUAAAACAUUUAACAUAUAUUUGCAUGUAUUUUAAAACAUGCCAAACUACUGCUUUAAUACCAAGUUUGCAGAAUUGUCUCUGAAAAUAAAAGCCCUGACUUUAGUUGUUAAAAAAGAAAAGUUCGGUAUAUAGAGAUGUUCAUUUGGGAUGUGGAGGCAUUUUUAUCUUCUGUCACUACUACUUAAAACUCUGAUGAUUAUGUUUAAUUUUUUGCUAACUAAUAAAGAUUCCAAAUGGCAAUUUA